CAGCUCUGCUCAGCAGUAUGCACCUGUGUUUUCCCAUUGGAAUUUUAUAAACGAAUGCUGUGGAUGGGAAGGGAAAGUUCAGGAUGCCGUCUCAGCAAGAACGCGAAUGCCAGUCCCCGGAGCGGUCGGAUGAGACGGACACCAGCCUCGUCGGUCAGACCCAGCUCCAUGAGACUUUGCUAUGGUUGAACGAGAACUAUGAGAGAGCUGAGGGCGUGUGCUUGCCUCGAUGUGUGUUGUACACGCAUUAUUUGGACCUCUGCAAGAAGAGAAUUUUCACUCCGGCGGGGGCUGCCACCUUCGGCAAGAUUAUUCGGCAGAUGUUUCCAAAGCUCACCACAAGAAGGCUCGGCACAAGAGGACAAUCAAAGUACCACUACUAUGGUAUUGGCAUUAAGAAGUCAUCCAUCUACUACCACUCCGUUUACUCCGGCAAGGGACUGAGCCGAUUUUCGGAAUCUAAAGUAAAAACAGAGGGAUCUGCGCGGAAAUUUUCUCUGAGCUCAAAGUCUGGGACCCUUCUCCCAGAUUUCCCAACAGCAGGCAACCUGGUCAUUCCUGAUGACAUCAGUUCGGAAAAGGUAGAGACAUUCUUACUGAUGUACCAGACUCACUGCCAGCGUAUUUUGGACACCAUUGUGUCUUCAAACUUUGAGGAGGUACAGAACUUCUUGCUCCACUUCUGGCAAGGCAUGCCAAAACACAUGCAGUCGCUUCUCUCCUCUGACGUCAUCAUUGAUGUCAUUGCUCUGUGUGACUCGGUUUUGUACAAGGUCCUGACAGAUGUCUUGAUACCGUGCACGAUUCAAGACAUACCGGAGGGAUUGAGCUUUGACAUCCGCACAUUUGCCAAGAAGAUACCGGUUUGGCUUGACAGUUCGCUGGAUCAAAUGUGUGAGAAAUUGCGAGCGCGGAAAAUGAAAGUGUUGUCUUCAUUCGUGAGAAGUCUGCGGCGACAAAUGUCGUUCGUGCAGUUAGCACAGACGGCAAGAAGUGUGUUACUCAGCCAGGAAACAGUGAGCCAAAUGACUCGAGAUCUCGCGGAACUAAAUAUCAGCGGGAACAUGACGCACGCAGAUGUCAGCCAAUCAGCAUUUAGCGCUGCCAAAACAGUGUUGCAGGAGUUCAAAGGUUUGCUGGCCAAGCAAGCCCCUCUGGAGGCGUAUGUGGAAUGGACCGAUAGCCUCAUCGACCGAUUUGUUCUCCAGAAGAUCUCAGGGAGCGAUUGUGCGGACCUUUCUUCAUCCUUCAUGCUACAGUGGUCGUUUUUUACUUCCAAGAUACUAAGAGACCUCACCCUGCAACGUGCAUCUAGCUUUGGAUCUUUGCAUCUCAUCCACAUGAUGUUGACGGAAUACGCAUUCCUAGUGGUGGAGAGCCAACAGGAUCAACACCAUCACGCAGAAAUGGUUGACCAUGUGCAGAAGAACAUGAAACAAACUGAGGAGAUCUGCACUAAAGCUACGGUCAGGUCCUCGGGUCAAAGGUCGUCACCAGGAUCAACAGCUACCGUGAAACUGAAGCGAAGGAAGUGUUCAACAAGUCAAGCAGACGAAAAUUCUCCGAAGGACGGUCCUGAUCCUCAGGAUUCCCCAGACGGCAACCAGCGAAGGGACGAAGAGUACCAGGACUGUGGCGCCGGGUCAUCUCAGCAGAUAACCUGCGAUGUACGCGAAGGCGAGGGCUCCCUCCACGCCAGUAUCGAAUUCACGGAGACGUGUCCAGGGCCGGUGUCUGCCCCCGCGGUGUUAUCUUCGAGUUACGCUUUUCGCCCCUUUAGCUCGGAGAGGGAGCCUCAGCCCCCCGUAACGAUCCAUCACACAUUUACCGAGGACCAGUCCCAGAAUGGUUGUUUCUCUUCUGCUUAUGCGAAUUCAUACUGUGACUAUUACCCUGUGCGUGCUUCCACCCAUGCGCACUCGUCCUACGACCCCCUG